AUGGGCACGAGCGCAGAUGAGGCGGAGAUAGCUAUGGAUGUCGAUGAGGAGGAAGUCACUUUGAGUGAUACAGUCCUCGAGGAACUCGAACAGGAGUUUUCCCAAGAAACCAAGGCCUUCCACCAAAUCGCAGAAACCAUCAGUGUCGUCUUCGAUGGCGCGCUGGCCGACUCAGUAUCCGAUGAACGCCCAUCUCUCUCCUGGACCAACAACCGAGUAAUCAACGAGCAUAUACAGAAGAUGACUCUGCUGAAAGAAAGGCUUGAGGGGGUCGAGGGGGUUGUGUCAUUGGAAGAGCGCAGGAAGACGCUGUCGGCACGGAUAGACGAGGAGCUUGGAAGGAUAGAACCGAUUGAUUGA